UUGAAGAGUGUUGGUCCAAAACUGGUGCCAUUUUUCAAGACUGUUUCUAUCUUCUUUGUAUUAUUUGGUGAAGAGUCACAUCCAUCAAUAUUUUAUUGUAUAGUAAAAUGUCUGCCAAUUAUUUCACUGAUGUUAUUUGUAUUACUACACGGAAUGAGUCUCAACGAAUAUUACCGAUACGCCAGAUACAUUCUUAUUGGACUAUUUUUCUCUUGUCUGGGUGAUGCUUUUCUUGUUUACAAAAAGUAUUAUUUCGAAGUCGGCAUUUUGAUGUUUGCCAUUGCCCAAAUUUACUAUUCACGAGCAUUUGGUUGGCGGCCAUUUAAUCCUUACGCUGGAACUGUAUUUUUAGUGUUGGGAUGUAUUGUGUAUUCCUACAUAAAAGAUGGAAUUGAUGAUUAUGUAUUAAGCUAUAUCGUUGGAUGUUAUGUGGCAUUGAUCAGCACGAUGGCCUGGCGAGCUGUUGCCAGAG